UCUCUCUCUCUCUCUCUCUCUCUCUCUCUCAUUCUCUUGAAUUCGUUCAUUCUCUACGGAAAAGAAAAAGAUGGUUUUGAUUUCUGGAAGAAAAAGGCAAUAGAUUCAUUGCACGAGAGUUUUCAGAAAAGAAUAAGGUAGAUUAAACGUAUUGCAAUGUCCAGACGAAAAAAAAGAAGAAGAGGUAGAUUUGAUGCAGAGAGUUGCAGGAAAUUUGGGAAGAUUUGAUUUUUCUAGUUCCUUUUUGAAAAAGGCAAUUGGGUUUUCUCCGUUCAUCUUCGGAAUUCCAUAUUCCUAUCUUUGAUUCCAGAAGCUGCGAUCGAAAGUGGAGUUUGUUUGCAGUGUUUUGGAGAAAUGAAUUUGGAUUGAGGUUCUCUUUCAUUCAAAUCUCUGCACUGGUGGAUAAGAUGCCUUCGAUUUUCAAAUCCGAGAGAGCUGCUUCGGGGGUUGUCGAGUUCAUAGCAGUAGUAAUAGUAGUAGUAGCGGCUUCUUUGCUGGUCAGUAGUGGUCAGGGGCUGAACGUUGAAGGGCAAUACCUUCUGGAGCUGAAGGGUAGUCUCACCGAUGAAUUGAACCACCUGGGUAGUUGGGAUCCACACAAUCUGACGCCUUGUGGAUGGAAAGGCGUGAAUUGCACAAUGGGAUAUGACCCGGUAGUUUCAUCUAUCGAUCUGAAGUCCAUGAAUCUGUCUGGGACCCUGCCACCAAGCAUAGGUGGUUUAGUCCAUUUGACUUCCCUUGAUCUUUCUGACAACAAGCUCUCGGGGAGGAUACCAAAGGAGAUUGGGAACUGUUCGAGGCUGGAGAUUCUUUCUCUGAACAACAAUGACUUGGAAGGCGAGAUCCCCGGCGAAUUGGGCAAUUUGAAUUGCCUGCAGAAACUCAACUUGUACAACAACAGAAUUUCAGGACCGUUUCCAGUGGAGAUCGGUAAUCUGUUGUCGCUCGUUGAGCUAGUAGCAUAUUCUAACAAUAUCACGGGUCCAUUGCCUCGUUCCUUCGGGAAGCUGAAGAAUCUAACUACCUUCCGAGCAGGGCAGAAUCUGAUUUCUGGGAGCAUCCCUGCUGAGAUGAGCGGUUGCGAUAGUCUGCAAAUCCUAGGUCUCGCCCAGAAUGAGUUAAUGGGAGAGAUUCCCAAAGAGCUCGGGAUGCUCAGUAACUUAAGGAUCAUCUUUCUUUAUAAUAAUGUCCUGUCUGGUGUCAUCCCAAAGGAGCUUGGAAACUGUACAAGCCUUCGAAUUCUUGCUCUGUAUGCGAACAAUCUGGAGGGCAGAAUACCUGCAGAGAUCGGGAACCUCAGCAAUCUGGAGGAGCUGUAUCUUUACAGGAAUGGGUUGAAUGGAACAAUCCCGAGGGAGAUUGGGAACCUUACAUUGGUAACGGAAAUCGAUUUCUCUGAGAACUUGUUGAUGGGAGAGAUACCGAGAGAGCUCAGCAACAUAAAGGGUCUACACUUACUCCACCUUUUCCAGAACGAGCUCACGGGUGUUAUCCCAGUCGAACUGGGAAGCUUAAUGAAUCUGACUAAACUUGACCUUUCUAUCAAUUACCUCACUGGUAUUAUUCCUGUCGAGUUUCAGUAUCUGACCGAAUUGCUCCAGUUUCAGCUCUUCCAUAACUCUCUUAGUGGCAGCAUUCCUCAAGGGCUUGGGGUUUACAGCCGACUUUGGGUUGUUGAUUUUUCAGAGAACAACCUCACUGGCCAAAUUCCUAGUCAUCUUUGCAGGCAUUCAAACCUGAUUUUGUUGAACCUUUGGUCAAACAAGCUGACAGGAAAUAUCCCAAGUGGAGUCACAAACUGCAGAUCUCUGGUGCAGCUUCGUUUGGGCAGAAACAGCUUCACGGGCAGCCUUCCGUCAGAUCUAUGCAAGUUGGUGAACUUGUCUGCCAUUGAGUUGGACCAGAACAAGUUUAGUGGACUGAUUCCUCCAGAGAUUGGGAAUUGCAAAACUUUGCAAAGGCUUCAUCUCUCUGAGAACUAUUUCACAUCUGAGCUACCGAGCGAGAUAGGUAAUCUGUCCAAGCUGGUGAGCUUCAAUGUCUCAUCCAAUAGGCUAUCUGGCGGAAUUCCUCCAGACAUUAUUAAUUGUAGAAUGCUUCAACGGCUUGAUCUCAGCCGGAACGGCUUCGUUGGUGUUUUGCCAAAGGAACUUGGAAGCCUUUCUCAAUUGGAACUGCUCAAGCUUUCUGAAAAUGUUCUCUUGGGAGCCAUACCUGCCUGCUUAGGAAACCUCUCCCGCUUGACUGAGCUGCAGAUGGGUGGUAACCGAUUCUCCGGCCAAAUACCACCAGAAUUGGGUGGGCUCUCAGGCUUACAGAUUGCCAUGAAUCUCAGUUACAAUAAUCUUUCCGGGAACAUACCACCAGAGCUCGGUAAUCUCGUUUUAUUGGAAUUCCUCCUGCUCAACAAUAACCACCUGACUGGUGAGAUUCCUUCCACCUUUACAAACCUAUCAAGCUUACUCGGGUGCAACAUCUCGUACAAUAAUCUCACAGGGCCUCUACCUUCUACACCACUGUUUCAAAACAUGGCCGUCAGCAGCUUUACGGGAAACAGUCUUUGUGGUAGGCCACUCAAUACAUGUGGUGACUCUCCAUCUCUAUCCACACUUCCUCCAUGGAAAGAAACAAGUUCCCCCAUGGGGAAAAUCAUGGCAAUCGUUGCUGCAGCCGUUGGUGGGGUUUCUCUGGUUCUCAUUGCUGUUAUUGUAUUCUUCAUGAGACGCCCGAUCGAGACUGUCACUCCUUUGCAAGAUAAGCAGUUAUCAUCAUCGCUUUCAGACAUGUAUUUCUCACCAAAGGAAGGGUUCAAAUUUCAAGAUCUGGUCGAAGCCACAAACAAUUUCGAUGACGGUUUUAUCAUCGGAAGGGGGGCUUGUGGAACAGUCUACAGGGCAAUUAUGCUGUCUGGACAGACAAUUGCGGUAAAGAAGCUGCUAUCGCAGAGGGAAGGGAACAAUGUCGACAACAGCUUCCAUGCCGAAAUUCUCACUCUUGGAAAGAUAAGACAUCGGAACAUCGUGAAGCUGUAUGGAUUCUGCUACCACCAGGGCUCCAAUCUUCUCCUUUAUGAGUACAUGUCGAGGGGCAGCUUGGGUGAACUGCUUCAUGGGGAGUCUUGCAGCCUGGAUUGGGAGACCCGUUACAUGAUUGCUCUUGGGGCCGCUCAGGGGCUUACAUACUUGCAUCAUGAUUGUAAGCCCCGGAUCAUUCACCGAGAUAUAAAGUCCAAUAACAUCCUACUUGAUGAUAACUUCGAGGCCCAUGUUGGGGAUUUCGGAUUGGCGAAGGUGAUCGACAUGCCGCAAUCGAAAUCGAUGUCUGCUGUGGCAGGAUCAUAUGGGUACAUUGCACCUGAAUAUGCAUAUACCAUGAAAGUCACUGAAAAAUGUGACAUCUAUAGCUAUGGAGUUGUACUGUUGGAGUUGCUGACUGGUAGAACACCCGUUCAACCGCUAGACCAAGGAGGCGACCUUGUUACAUGGACAAGGAGCUACAUUCAAAAUCACUCAAUGGAUUCUGGAAUAUUCGACCCCCGUUUAGAUCUAGAAGACAGGAUUACCAUCGAUCACAUGCUCAUGGUCCUUAAGAUCUCUUUAUUUUGUACAAGUAUGUCGCCCUAUGACCGACCAUCUAUGCGACAAGUCGUGUCGAUGCUGAUUGAGACUAAAGAGAGAGGUGGAUUUACUUCCUCUUCGACUCCUGAUCUCCCAUUAGAGGAAAAUACAUCAUGAAGGUACACCCAAUAUCUCAUGUUAACCAAAUGGUCCCUUUUCGAUGAUUGAUUCAUGUAAUAUUUGCAAAAGUAAUUCCAUAUAAUUGUUGUGUACAUUUCUACAUGAUGAUACUUUGGUGGUUCGAUUUCAUCUCUUGAGAUAGACAUACACCAAUCAUGGGCAGGACGCAGAAGCGUCUGUUUAAGAGAGUAGAAGGAAUCGCAAAGAUCUUGAAAUUGAAAAUGCUUUUCCACUGCCUCUUCUUUAAAGGCAAGCCUUCCUCAUAUCGUAAGUAAAUCUCUGGAGAUGAAUGUUCCUUCUCGGGUAAGUUGAUUCAGUAGGUGAGUUGCUAUACACUCCUUAGUGGGAUUCGGCAUCCAUGACCACCGUCCUUUUCAUUAAACAACUAAUAUGUGCCAUUCAUGUAAAUCUAACAUUCAUACAUAUAAAUAUUGAUUUUGAAAA